AUGCUGCGGCAAUGCGAGCGGCUGAUCGUGCAGCUCUCUCAGCAGGUGCUGGAGCAAGAGAAGGAUAUUCACUCCCUGCGGGCGGCACUGCACUCCAGCCAAAACCGGCGGCGUCGACACCGACAACGGGGUGGUGAUGAGAAGCGCGAACGUGCAGCGGCCGUCAGCAUGGCAGAGAGUUUCAGCGUAUCGACGGAGCGGCGCCAGCAUCACCACACACAUCACAUCACAGUGAAAGCACCCACGCAGAUGACAAUGACGCACGAAGACUCUCGACUGCGCCUCACUCUCCCAUCGUCGAUGACGCCGCAGGUGUCCCCCAUCCACUUGUCCGGGGACGCGGGCGUCGACUCCGCCACGGGGCCCUAUCCAGAAGCCGCUGUCGUGGCACCGCAUAGCCCCCAGAGCAGCGGAGCAGGAAGUGCUGUACCCUCGCCGACGCGCUCCGUCGGCAAGUCGAGCGGGGAGCACGGCAUGGCGGCGGCGCUGGCGUUUCCGUCUAUCGUAUGCGACGUUAGCAGCUUCAGCGAUAAGACCAACGUCGGCCUGACGCCCAGCGCUGCGUGUGAUCACCCUCCGUCCGGCGAGUCAGCAACUGCAGACGGGCUUUGGGCAUCGUCGCUGCUAUCAGAGCCGGAGAGGAGCAGCAGUAGCAGCUCCCUCGCCCGGCACCGUCGCAACACUGCACAGCUCACGCGGAAUGCGCAGUUCGAGACCCCGCGCGUGAAUCUCGAUAACCAGGAUGCGAUGAGCUACCUGCUGUGCAUAUUUUCCAGCGCCAAGUCGACCCGUGAGGCCGAUGGUGGUGCAACAGCGGCGAUGGCGGAGGCCGGUGAAGCGGCUCCCUGUGGAAGAGAACAUCGCGGCGGUGCAGGCGUGCGCUCGCCAAACGCACCGCUGCAGCAGCAAGGUGAGCAUGUCGCGCGGCGACUCUUUCACCUGGACCCUGUCGAUGAAAAUGAGGGUAGCGAGAGCGGCAAUGAGCACUCGAGUGGCGGCGCCGUGUCCGACUAUGACCGUCCUGCGGCGAGGCGCCCUUUUUUGCCGCCUUUGCGCGACAAGCGAGGCGACGGCGACGGGAGCGCACCACCGAAUCACAAGACGUGCGGCGCCUUCGAUGAGGACGAUGCGUUCUUGCAGGAGCGGUACGCGCGCAUUGUGGCAUGCGCGUUAGCCGCCGAGUUCGCCGCCUCCACCACACUAGUCGAAGAGGAUGAAGUAGAGCAGCAGCGAGGCUGCAAGACGGGGCCUCGCGCGCCUACGGCCGCUUGGUGCCGCACCACGUCUCGGCGCGAUCACAGCGCCAGUGCAACGGUGUCGGAGCUACUGCGACUCUUCACUUUCCAGCCCGCCACAAGACAUCAGCCGUACAGUGAUGGAAAGGGCUUGUAA